UUGCAGCACUAGUUCAGCACAAAAGAACAGGCCUACUAAGUGCCGCGAGUUGAGUAAAACGACUAACUGGAUAUAUUCGGAUAAUUCCAACAUUCUGUUCAAUCCACGUGCAUUAUCGAAGAAAAUACGAGUUGCAAUUAUCUCGAAGUAUUAUUUAAUCGUAUAGUGUAAACGUAGUUUCAAAAUGCGUUUUAUACUGCACGAUUAGAGACAAGAAUUGAGAGACAAAGAAGUUAAAAAGAGAUAUAAAAGGAAAAUUGCAGAGACACACGCUCACUCACAUUUUUUUAGACUCAUGUUUUGAUUCCGGCGUAUCUAAAUGCAAUUAUAGAUUUUUAUAGAGCAUGUGUGUGUCCGUAACUUUGGAUUAUACGUUGUUUAUAUUUGAAAAUUGGUUAUUAUAUUUACUGACACUGCAAGUUGCAUAGAAAAUUGUGAAAAGUACGAUGGCUGAUUCCUCAGGAGAUGUACCAAAAGAAAGCUCUUCAAAAGUAAAUCAUUAAUGGUUAAAGAUAUAUUAUAUGUUACAAUUUGUAGUUUUGGAGAUAUUGUGGAUCAGAGAUUCUAUGUAGGCUAGCAAAAAGUGUAAUUAUUGUACUCAAAAAUUGCUACUAGUGAAAAGAAAUCUUCUAUAGAAGGAUUGAAUGCUAUAAUGACUGAAGGUUAUAAAAAAUUCUGCUGAUAGCAAAGAAUUGACUACUGAUAGCGAAGAAUUGACUGCUGAUAAGGGUGAUAAGAAAGCAGUUUGCUCAGUUAUAGACAUUAAAGGCUUGUCUAAGAAAUAAAAAUCCCAUAAAGCAGCAGUAAAAUAUUUUAAUAUGGAACAUUGUGUUGUAUUCAUGGAACAACCAUGUGACUACUGUAAUAUUUGAACCAAGGACUUUUCUAUGCAUUGGCAAUGCCAAACACUGGCAAAAUAAUCUAUGAAACAUAUGGCAGACAAGGAAUCUUUGAAUUACCGUACACCUUGUACGGAUAUUAACGACGAGAUUGAAGGUCUUAAUGAAAGGCUGUUGCAAUUAUUAAGUGCACAAAAAGUCUCGUCGCCAGAUGCAACAGCUAAGAACCAAUCAUUGUGUAAUAGUAGAUUAGGAAAUAAUAGUAGUUCUAAGGUAGAAUUAGAGGCAUCGGCUUCUCCAUUGUUCAGUCAUUGCAGAUAUGAUUGUUCUUUUAUGCAUCAUGACAGCCCAGUUAAUAUGCCACCUGUUAAUAUGCCACCAAAUUAUCUUCCACCUAUCGGUGUAUUCUGGGACAUUGAAAAUUGUCAAGUUCCUAAGGGCAGAUCCGCCAUAGCGGUUACACAAGUAAUUAGGGACAAAUUUUUUAGUGGCUAUAGAGAAGCAGAAUUUAUUGUAGUUUGUGACGUUCAAAAGGAAAAUAAUCAAAUCAUACAGGAACUGAACGACGCUCAAGUUAAUUUAAUACAUGUAGCUGCUACAUGCAAAAACGCUGCUGAUGAGAAACUUAAACAAUCCAUCAGGAGAUUUGCUGACAUUCAUGGUAGCCCAGCAGCUAUAAUCUUAAUAUCCGGCGAUAUUAAUUUUGCCGCUGAUCUCAGUGAUUUACGUCAUAGGAAAAGAAUUCAUGUGAUACUGCUGCAUAAAAAGAAUACCUCAGAAGCAUUAAUAUUAUGUGCUAACGAACAUUAUGACUUUACGGAGCUCAUGGAACCACUGCCGUCCAGAACUCCAGCAAAGGGUGUUGAAUCCUAUGACCUUCUAGUUAGUAACCUUCCUGAUGAAAAGGAUGUUAUAGUCAUUAAACGUCGUCUUAAGCAAUUAUCUGAUAACUGUGGUGGUCGUGUGGUGGAUGUCCAGUCAAAUACAGCCAUUGUACGCUUUACAUCGCAAAGUUCUGCAGACAGAGCUCAGAAGCGUAUGGACGGAGAAUAUGUUCUUUCGUCGAAAAUAUCUGUAAGGCAUUAUAAAGAAAAAGGGAAUACAAUCAAAAACCAAGGAAGUAUUGUAACGCGUAGCCGGGCGGUUAGUGAGUCUGAAAUUGUUGCUAACUCCUCUAAGCAAAUGUAUGGUAGUGCGGGCGCCUCCGUGUCAGGGACAAGAACCCUGCAGUUUCCACAUUAUCAAUCGUCCUCACCUGUAGUGGGUGCUUACUCUACUUUCAAUGCUCAUUGUGCACCUGUCAAUACCACGUCAGGAGUGAUACAGCAACCUCCAAUAUUUUAUGGAAGAUCAUAUCCAAAUAAUAGUGAUGUGGCUUUUAAUAGAACAUAUAAUGAUCUUGGUAGAGUACAGUCGCCAUUGAUUUGGCAAGUUCCAGGACCUCAAUCGUAUGGCCAAUUGUGGGAAGAACAAUACAAAAUGGAAAAGCAGAAGUUAGGGAAGCGAGUUCAUGUCUCGCAGGUUCGAGACAAUAAUAUUUCUAGUACUGCAAUCUCACGUACUCCCGAAGGCCUUAGACGCGUUAGAGGUACGCAUAGUUCAUUUGUUCAUACUUCAGAAUGGAUUGGAGGACGACAGUUAGCUGUCCCGCCUAAUUAUAAUGCCAGUGGACAAACAAAUUCUUUUAAACGGCGUAGUCCAUCCCCAUUGUACGAUACGCAAAUUAGAGAUAAGAAUGUAUGGAAUGGUCAGAAUCAACAACAAAUUUCUUCACGUAACAAUAGAACACCAUCACCUUAUGAAAGUAACAUGUUACAAGGAACAGGACAACAUAAUCAAACUUCACGUUCACACCUGAGUGAUGCAGAAAAUGAGGAAGUAGAGAAAUUGUUUAACCCUACAAAUAAUCGCACUGCAUCCGGCACAAAUAACGGCGCUAAUACAACUAUUGAAUUACAAGUAACGAAUUUGGAUCAGAACAUCGAUACAAAGGACAUGAAACGAAUUCUCUCGUCUGUAUUUGCAGAACACGUAACAGUAUUACAUAUUUCUGUAUUUAUGCAAUCGGACGGUAACUUCGCAGCUAGCGUCAGAGUACCUUCGUUAUCGGACGCACAAUAUGCAAUCUCGCAGUUGCAUCGCCGUAAAGUAGGCUACAAGCGCAUUUUGAUAUCGUACGCUCACACCGGUGGUCCGAACCCGCAGCUUAUUCGUGCACAAAUUGUAAUGCUCCUGCAAGAUGUUCCAGGACAUAAACUCCCACUAUUCAAGUUCCGCGAGAUGUACGAGAGCCGGUUCAUGAUUUCCAUAAGCGUAUCCGAAUUAUACAAAAUGAAGGAUGUAUGCCUAAUUACGGAAGAUACAAGUGGCAGAAUGGUUUCGCUCAAUCCGGAUCACAGGAACACACCGUCACCAUGUAAUACGACACAGGAGGGACAAGUCAAAUUGCCAUAUUGCACGAUUCACACUUCAAAACCGUUAACGUCUGAUAAAGGUUGGGCAGAACAGGAAAUGGCAUCUUUACCCAAUGUAAAAAUUUCCUUGAAAGUUCUUGAGAGUCGUAUGCAACAAUUACUAGCAUCACACAAUAGCAUUCUACCUCUACCAAGUCUACCAAAUUGUUACGAGGCUGAGUUUAAGGAACCAUUAGAGAUUAUAGAUAGUGGUGUACCUUUGGAACACUUGGUAUCGUGCUUAUCAUCAGUGGAAUUGAGACAGGAUAUCGGAAGCGUGAAAUAUAUCGUAUGGAUAGGAAACAAAAAUGUUGAGAAUCACGAAGAAACAAAGUGUGUGAGUCCAUCACUUGCCAAUCAGUUGGCCCUUUUCAGUCGCGAAUUGGUGGAUCUUCUGAAAACCGCCUCGCACUGCCAAUUACCCUUUAAUCGAUUUAUACCAGCGUAUCAUCAUCAUUUCGGACGACAAUGUAGAGUUGCUGAUUACGGAUUCACUAAACUAAUUGAUCUGCUAGAAGCACUUACACAUACAGUUCAGGUAAUGGGUGAGGGCAAUAAGCGAGUGGUUACUUUGUCGCAUCGUGCGCAAGUACGACGUUUCACGUCAGAUUUACUGCGAGUGUUGAAGUCAAAAGCGAGCAAGCAAGUAGCACUCUCGGAAUUUCCAACUGUUUAUAGCAGAGUAAUAGCAAAACCGUGGGAUAUUGUAGAUUAUGGCGUAUGCGAUAUCGAUGAUAUUCUUGGCGAGGUAUCUGAAAACACGGUCGUUGUAACAUCUAUCGACGGCGGCGACAAAAUGAUAGCUAUUCCUAAACGCGAGCAGACCGCAGAGGAAGUAGAACGCACCAAACUGUUCGCUAGAGAAGUUGUUGAAUUACUACAACACGCACCUCAAUGCAGAAUGCUGUUCAACAAAUUUGUACCAUCCUACCAUCAUCAUUUUGGUCAUCAGUGUCGUGUGUCGGAUUACGGAUUCACUAAAUUAAUUGAAUUAUUCGAAGCGAUCCCAGAUGUCGUUAAGAUCGAGGAAGUGAAUGGAGGUGAGCGACAGAUAUCCUUAACUGAAAAGGAAGGUCUCAAAGUUUUGGCUGAGCAAAUAUCAAAAUUAGUGAUGCGCACCAAAGGCGGCCUUAGCAUUUCGAACAUCGCGCAAAUGUUCUCGCAUCAGUUCGGCUACUCUUUGCGUCCAGAAUUAUUCGGCUGCAGUUCUAUGUUACAACUUAUGCAGAAACUGGGAGAUACUAUUAAGAUCAUAGAUUUGGCCACAGGACCCGCUAUCAUCACAAUAGAUAAAUCGCAUUUACAACAAAUAAUCCUUCAGUGCCGACGUAUAUUGAUGGAUCAACCCCAAUAUAAAAUGCCUAUCAGAGAAUUUCUGCGCCAAUACUCUCAGUAUUAUUUGAAACAGUGUAAUUUAAGCGAGUUUAAAAAGGAUUUAGCCAAUGUUGUUCAGUUUAUAAUGGUAAACAAUGAGCAGUUUAUCGAAUUGACACCAUUACAUCGCUUUGCCUGCGAUGUUUGCCGUGUAAUGAUGAAUUGCGGUGGUACAUUAAACUUAUCUCAAUUUGAUGUGGCAUAUUCAACCAUCAUAGGCGCACCUUGUAAACCCGUCCAGUACGGUUUCCCAACGCUGAUUGCACUACUGCAAGCGUUACCAUGUACUGUAACGAUAAAAGACACACGCAAAAAAAGGGGAAUCAUUUAUUUAAAUAAAAAAAUAAUUUCCGCGGCUGACAUGCUGUUACCAUCGUACAAACCAGUUUCAUCUUAUCAUGAUACGGAUUCCAGCAAUGAUUCGUUUGAAAGUGACUCUUCUUAUCACGUAAACAUUUCCAACGCAUCGAGCAUGAUAGAUGAUCCCGAGAAAUGGUUCGAACACGUAACAAACAUUAAUUCGUGGAAAGCUAAAGAUGAGAGAACUUUUUGGUCCAAGGACUGUGACAAGCAUUGGAAAAACUUGCAAGGUAUAGAGGAUCACUCGAUUAACUGGCCGAUAUCGGAAAACAGCGGUGAUAGCCUCAUGAAGAGCUUGAUGCGCACGCCGAUUAUGCGACACAACUUCCCACCGCCACCGCCUAAGCCUGACUCGCCGCCCGAGGAUGCAGUAUCUAAAGGAGGUUGGAAAUGUUCAUUGUGGAUGUCUCCAGGCAAAUUUCCAUAUCCGCAGGAUGAACAUUCCACGAAUGUGCAGGUUCCGCCGUUAACUCUGCCAAGCUGGAAUCCAAUUACGUCCAACGAUGAUGCGUCGGACUUGCUAUCGCCGACCAAAAAUCUAUUACCCGCUGCCGCGAAUCCCUUAUAUCCGCAUACCUCUCCUUACUACGCAAAGUGCAACACUGUUAUUGCGCCUCAUCCGUCUGAACUGCCACUUCCUUCACUAUCAUUAACGCCCAAGAAAAUGGCAGAUAAUCAGAAGAAAAAUGCCAGGAUGUAUCUCAAUCUCGCGAGUUCCGAUAGUGACAAUAAUACUGUCGAUGAUGACGAAAACAGCGAUACUCACAGCACUUCCAGCAAACCUUUAGUGAAAGGGAAGAGACGUCUGGCGGCCCAAUUCAAUCAGCCGAUCGAGUCAUAAACAAAAAGUACACAUGUAUAUAUAGUGAGUGAGAAAGAGAGAAAGAAAGUGAAAUACGUGAUAAGUUCAGAAUCGGAAAACCGGUCGAGUCAACGUUUCCGUAGAUCACCACACACAUUUAAAUGGGUUAAAUUAUACCUAUAUACUGUUCCAUGAAUGGUAGGUACCACACUUUAUUUAUACUCGAAAUUUACAAUAAAUUUGUGUAUAGAUUAAAUGUGUAUGCAAACCGACAAAGAAAAAUGAUGAGUUAACAAGUUAUUUUCAAAAUGUAUGAAAAUAUACAUCGAGCCGGGUCAGAAUCAUAACAUAACGCGUUUAUAGUGAGUGACAUGUGCUGACGGUAUUGCAUAUAGAACGUAUAAAGCAUUUUUCGUACUGUGAUAUAGGAUAUAAAAUAAGCGAGAUGAUAGUAAUAGUACAUCAGGAAGGAAGCUUGGAAUGGCAAUAAUUUAUCUUUAGGCAAAUUGCAUACACACAUAGAGACGCAUGACCCAAUGUAAUUGAUUUUUCAAAUUAUAUAAUUAUAUAAUUAUAUCUUUACAAUGAAAUUAUAUAAUUAUAUUUAUCUCUUGUUAUAUUCUACUUAAACACGCUAUCUUAUUUAAUAUUAUACUUUAAUCUAUUAUUUUUAUUUGUAUGGUAUUUACAAUCAAUUUACACCUGAUUGUUUUAACUAUUUGUAUUAACAAUACAUAUCAUGGCAUAAUUUGUACCUGUUUUUAAUUUUAUAAUUGUUCACAUAAAGCUAAAAAGAGGUCAAGCUAGAUUCCAUACUUGUCGUAAUACAUUAACGUUCCCUUGUGGAUAAAUUAUUGGACCACUCCUUUCGAUUUGCCUACAUUCAUACUAUCAGAGAAGAAAAGUGAAAGAGAGAUAAAAAUUGCAUUCAUAUGACAUAUUAUAUGUCUAACGAAUUAUGCAUAAUUGUUGCCAAUUACAAAUUAAAUGAACUGGAAUUCAUUUGUCUACCAAUGCACCUUCACUUGUACAGCUAUUCAUCUUAAUCGCCUUACGAAUUUCCCAUCGAUACAUUUUUAUGGCGCAAUGUAUAAUUUUAUUUCGCAAAUAUGAAAACAAAUGUGUUAUGAAUCUGAUGAGAUGCAAAAUUGGAGUAAGAUAUUAUUAUUAUUAUUAUAUUAUGAGAUACAAUAAGUUGUCAUGUAGAUAGAAAGAAACGCAAGAAAAGACAUAAUUUUAUCGUUGGAAAAAAAAUUUUUUCGAUAUUCAAAAAUUAGUACUAUUAUUUAGUAUAGCGUAAAAAUGAUUAAAGAACAGUGUAAUGGUGUGCGACACGCGAAACAAUUUUAACAAAGAUCUUUGCAAGACAAAUUCGUCGAAUAAUGCUAAAUAUAUUGCGAUAAAUAUCACAGUUUUAUUCUAAAAGAGACAAAACAAAUAUAAAGUUUGCACCAAGCAUCUCUGUAUCAGCAGGCACCGCGCAACUAAUUUUUUUCUUGUUCUUUUUCAUUCGAGGAGAGUUGUGGCAACUGCGUGAUACAGAUUUUUUUAUAAUAUUUGGUUAAUAUGUAGGAUGCGUGAGAUAUAAGCUGCUGAGAUAUAAUCUGAAUUCGCUGUUCUCUGAAUUGUACAGAAAUGAAUGUAAUGAUCUCACUUUUAAUCUUAUACCUCAUGCUCAUCAUUGAUGUGACAUGGAUACAUAAUAAUUUUGCGGCAUGAAAUGGCUUAUUACGUUGUAUCAUAAGAUUAUCACUAAAAGUCAUUGCGAGUUUUAUGAGAUGUAGUAAUUGUCGUUUUGUCAUCAGAUUUAAAAUUAAAUAUAUUAGAAAUUUACGUGAAUUUGAAAUAUACGCGUAAUACUUGUAGUCUCUGCCGGAGAUGAAAAUUCGCAAUGAAUUUAGUGACGGUCAGGAAUCAGUGUUACGUGGUAAUCUAAAGAUGGUGAUAUUUCACGACACUUUUUUUAAUACUUUGUUUAUUUAUUCUUAUUAAGAAAAAUCGUUUUGUUAUAUAUUGUUUGCCCAUGUGUAAGAAUCAAUCCUAUUGUAUUUUAUAUCAUUGUGGAAGAUUUUGUACGUGUCUUACAGAGAAAUUUUUAAUUCGUUCAGUCACGCGAGUAUCUUAUGUUGUGUUAAUUGUACUACUAUAUAAGAUAUUUCGUGCGGGUAGCUGUUUGCAUUAUAAAUAGUAUUGUGUAUAAUGAAUAUUUUAUAUGUAUCCAAUUCACUUUGGCCAUUCCAAAUAAUGGAUGAGUAAUUUAGUUAACAUAAACACAAUAUCGAGAUAGAAGAAACUGUAAAUGCGAUCGAUGUGUACAAUUUUAUCGUAAUAACAAAGAAAAAAGAUAUUGUAAUGUAUAAAUCACGGUGGAAUCUUCUAAAUGAGUGUUUCUUAAAUUAAUUUGGUAUACAUGUACAAUAGGCAUAACGUUUUUAUAUAUUGUACAAUGAAGUAAGGAAUAAAAAGAAUUGGCUCAUUCAA